AUGUCAGCUAAGCCACAUAAUCGUAUUUCUGCUAAAAAUAGAGAUUUCAACGAUACUGACGAUGAUGAUAUGCCACAGUGCUUCAAGUGUAAAGGGUUUGGUCACCUUGCCCAUGAGUGUCAAAAUCGAAGAAAAUACACUGGAAACAAGAGUUUGGCUACGACACUUGAUGAAAACUCAGAUCAUUAUGAUUCCCAAGAAGAAGAAAUUUCAAGUGUAUCACUCUUGGGUGAAAUUGUCAAUGUUGAUAAUUGUAGUAAUACUCAUAUCAAUCUUGAUAGUUUAAUUGAUGAUUAUUCAUCAAAAUCAUUGGAGAAUCAAGGUUCAAAUCGACAUCCAGAUCCACAGUCAUCUGGUACACCACAACCUCCUCCAAACGGCGGCUUUGAUGACCUCAAUCAGCUUAUCAGGAAUUUUCGUCAUCCUUCUUCUAGUAAAUUCACUCGUACCCCCAAGGUUGAUUUCCUAGAUUCAAUGGCAACCUUUGUUCAGGAUUUAUAUGCUCGUUUUGAGGAUGUUGCACACGAUAACUAUGUAGGAAGUUUUAACAAAUUGUCCCAAACAAGCACAGUAGAAGACUAUUAUGAUAAAUGGGAACACUAUAAGAGCUAUAUGGUAGCUAACAAUCCAUCUCUUCCUGAGAGUUUUUAUACACUCAGUUUCAUUAGUGGGUUGAAGGAGGAAAUACAUACUGUUGUGCAGAUGUUUAAACCAGCUGAUACUUCAACAACUUUUUAUCUUGCUGGAUUACAACAAGCUUCACUCCAUCCACCACCUAAAUCAGUCAAACCAUUCUUUAGACCAUUUACACCUACACCAUUAUCUGUUUCACACCCUCCCUCAACUAUUAAACCAUUUUUCUCUUCUACUUCUACAUUCUCCAAAGGCACUGGUUCUUCACCACCACCUAUUGUAACACACCUACUCACCCUAACAAAACAUUCACCAGAUCCCACUUUUCCCCUUGUGAAACUCUUAACACUUGCUCAAAUGCAAAAUCGCAAGGACAAAGGGUUGUGCUAUAAUUGUGACGAAUUCUAUAGACAUGGUCAUAAAUGCAAAACUCAACAAUUGUUCAUGUUGAUUGCUGAUGAUGAACUAGAUGAGCAAGGAGCCUUGUCCAAUGAUGACGUUAGUGAUGCAUCUCAUUCGGGUAGCGAAUCUCCAAUUGAGAUUUCCUUACAUGCCUUAACAGGGACCACUACUCAUGAGACAAUAAGAAUAGAUGGUCAUAUUAACAAGCAUCUUGUGGCUGUUCUUAUUGAUACAAGAAGUACACAUAGUAUUCUUGAUGCAACAUUGAUCUCAAAGUUGGGUUUACAUGUAACUCCUACUGGACAAAUGUUGGUUACAGUUGCAAAUGGGGAGAGCAUUAUCAGUCAAGGCAUUUGUCACAACCUCUCUUGGGAGAUGCAAGGCUAUCAAUUUUCAGUAAACUUACUGGCCUUACCUUUAGGUGGAUGUGAAAUUGUACUGGGAGCUGACUGGCUUCGCCAACUUGGUGAUGUUCUUUUCAACUUUGCUCUCUUGCGCAUUUCCUUUCUUCACCAGGGCAGAAAGAUCACUCUACAGGGUACUCAUUCUAAACCCUCUCUUAGCUUAAUUAGUGGUUCUUCUCUUGUGAAAUUUCUUAAACAAAACACACCCACCAUUAUUGGCCAAUUCUUUUCUAUAUCAUCCACUCCUAUCAUUCCACCCCCACCUGCAGUUUCCACACUUUUGGAUACCUUUGCUGAUGUUUUCGCAGAGCCAACUGGCCUUCCUCCAUCUAGACCCCUUGAUCAUAAAAUCCCUCUUAAAACUGGCUCAAACCCUACUUAUCAACGGCCUUAUAAAUGCCCCUACAUCCAUAAAUCUGUAGUUGAAUCCUUAGUUUCUGAAAUGUUAUCCAAUGGUGUCAUCCAAAAGAACCAUAGUCCAUUUGUUGCUCAUAUCCUCUUACUCAAAAAGAAGGAUGACACUUGGCGUUUUUGUGUCGAUUAUCGCAAACUGAAUGACAUUAUGGUUAAAGAUAAAUUUCCAAUACCACUUAUUGAAGAACUUUUAGAUGAGUUGAAUGGGUCUGUGGUAUUCUCCAAGAUUGAUUGGCGUUCAGGUUACUAUCAAAUACGGCUUUAUGCACUUGACAUCUACAAAACUGCUUUUCGCACCCACCAUGGCCAUUUCGAGUUCAGAGUAAUGCCAUUUGGGCUUACUAAUGCCCCUGCAACUUUCCAGGCUCUCAUGAAUGAGGUAUUUCAGCCCUAUCUCCGCAAAUUUGUACUUGUGUUUUUCGUUGAUAUUUUGGUAUACAUUCCUUCUAUGGAAGCCCAUCUGGAGCACCUUCAGCUCACAUUAUCCUUACUAAGGAAACAUUCUCUAUUCGCCAAGAUGUCCAAAUGUGCUUUUGCUCAGCCACAGUUAGAAUACCAUGGUCAUAUCUUCUCUGCAAGUGGUGUUGCUGCUGACCCUGAGAAGAUUGAAUCCAUGGUCAAUUGGCCUAAAACUCAAACCCUUAAAUAA